AUCCGCGGUCACACUGCUGAUAACACGCAUACGCACAUUUCAACAAAAAUUGUACAACAGGUGUGAGAUUAAUUGAAGAACAGCGAAAUGGGCGAUGUCACAGGCAUAAGCAAUGCUGAGGCAGAAGCCUUGUGCAAGAAGCCAGAGGAGGGAACACAGGAUUUCCUGUUCCAACAAACCAUGUACCGCAUCAAGGAUCCCCGCAAGUCGCUGCCCUUCUACACGGGCGUCCUUGGCAUGACAUUGCUGGCGAAAUUGGACUUUCCCGAGUCCAUGUUCUCCCUGUAUUUCAUGGGCUAUGAGAAUGCCGACGAUAUACCCAAGGACCCCAAGGAGCGCAGGAGUUGGGCGUUGAGCCGCAAGGCAACCAUUGAGCUGACGCACAACUGGGGCACUGAAAACGAUCUGGAACAGGGCUACCACAAUGGCAACAGUGACCCUCGUGGCUUUGGACACAUUGGCGUGAUGGUGCCCGAUGUCUAUGCUGCCUGCAAGCGAUUCCAGGAACAGGGCGUCGAGUUUGUCAAGAAGCCAGACGAUGGUCGCAUGAAGGGAUUGGCAUUCAUUAAGGAUCCCGAUGGUUACUGGAUUGAGGUUUUCAAUGCCUACACCGUCCAGAAAUAGAACGGGAAUGGAAAUGCAAAACUGAACUCCUGUGAAAUUUACAUGUGCUGCUGGCUCUAGCGUUCCUUAACCCAACCCUUUAAAUUGUUACAAAUAAAUUAGGGAGUGUCCAUUGUCCAGC